AUGGGUUCGAGAACAAAGGAAAUAAUAGAGGGAAAAAACAGAAGGGCUGAAGAGUUAACCAAGGGCAUAGAGGAAUAUGGAGCCUUCCUGGUUUUCGAAUACCUGGGUCUAAAUGCAGGUGAAAUAGCCAUAUUAAAGAAGAAGUUAAGGGCCUUGGAUGCAAAACUAAUAGUACACAAGAACAACACUCUAAAUAGAUCCCUAAGAAAACUAGAUCUCAAAUACAGCGAAGAACUUAAGGGACCAAACGCCAUACUUCUUAGUAGAGGAAACAUGACUCCAUUCAAGGAGAUAAUAGACCUUUCCAAGGACAAAGACUUCAUAAAGCUUAAGCUAGCCUAUCUGGAGAAGGAAGUAAUAGAAAAGGAGAAUCUUCAGAUGCUUGCCUCCCUAGGAAGCAAAGAAGAUCUUCUUGUAAAACUAUGCCAAACCCUUAUGUCCCCUCUCUACAAAUGUGCCUAUCUUCUUAAAAACAUCAAGAACUAA